CAGAGGCAGGCCGAGGUGGCCGCGAGCCGGGAGGAUGGUGGUGACCAGGUCUGGGAGGCCUCAGGCCACGGUCCAAGCCACGUUGGCUGAAAACUCCCAGCAGAAGAAUUCUGCUAAAAGAAUUCACGCACAUCCAAAAGUCAGGAAGGAAUGUCUACCUGUUGACCCAACUACUGCUGAAUCACAGACCACUAGGGUACAAAGUCAAGUCUCUAGAACUCCUAAAACCAGAAAGAGGAAGAGCGAAACUACAGUCUCAUUAUCUGAAAUAAACAAACCAUCUACUGAUGGAGAGACCUCUGAAGCAGAGUCAAAUUGUUCUUCUGUAUCUGAGCUCCAGGAUCCCAUUUUAAGAGUAACUAGGAGACGGCAGAUCUUAGUUGCAUGCACUCCAGUGCCCAGUGUUCGGAAAAGGCUGAAAAUAACUCCAGUAAAUCAGUCUCAUAUUGAAGAAGACAAUGACGAUGACUCUGAAGCUGAAUCACAUGUCUCAGGUAUUUCUAGAAUUGUGCCGCCCACAGUAAUAACUACAAGGACCAGAAGAAGUAAGGCUAAAUCUGUAAGAGACCCAAGCCAAGAAUUACAUGCAGAAGCUAUUUCUGAUGCUGAGUCAUCAUACUCAGACAUUUCUUCAUUUUCUGGAGUUGCAACUAUGAGAACGAGAAGUAUGCAGAAGAAAUUAAACGCACAAACUGAGGAGAAAGAUACUGACAUUGUACCAGAAAAUGAAAAGCAAAUCAUAAAUGUGCCUAUGAAUUCAAAGGAUUCAGAUACCAGACAAACAACUUGUUUACUGGUAAGAUCUCUUCCUCAGAUAAAUAAGCCAAAUUUCUAUAAUGAAAUUCAUAAUGACUUCGAUGAUGAUUCCUUCCACAGAAAUUCAGAAAAAAAACAAACAGUGCAAAAAUGCCAACGUUUUAAUAUAAGAGAAGAGAAAAAGGCCAGUGUUGCAUCUCUCAAAGAAAUAAGGCAGAAUAGUAAGAAUUUAGAUGAAGAAACCAAGGGAAUAGUAGAUGAGGAAAAAGAAAUAAAUAAGAAAAAUUCUCAGUUGGAGAGCCUUUCUGAACCUCAGGACACUGGCAUUCAGCAGUUAGUUUCUCAAAGGCAUUCAACCCCCCAAAAUAAUAAGACCACAUCAGAGCCCUCAAAUCUGAACUGUGAGGCUAUAAUGAAAUCAUUAGCUCAAUCAUUUGCAGUGGUGGAAGUGGACAGAUGGAAUGAAGAGAGAAAGAGCACCAUAAAAACAAGUGACUUGACAGGAUUUGGUGAUACUGGUAGUGAUGAAGAAGAGUGCACAGUUACAGGUAUCAGUGAAGAUAGGAAUGAAGGAAGGGAUGUAGAUUUUGAGUGUGAAACCAAACUAUUCAAGUCUGAGCUCCACACAUCCCUGGACAAAGGUGAUUCUGUUUUAUUAGUUCUCAGCAGUGAUGAAAGCCAGCAGUCUGAAAAUAGUGAGAAUGAAGAGGAUACUGUGUGUUUUGUUGAAAAUAAUGGUCAAAAGGAAUCAUUAAAUGGAGAAUCAGAAAAUAUGUCAUGUGACAAUGCAUUGUUUGUAAUUGACACAACUCCUGGAUUGAGUACUGAUAAACAUUUUUACUUGGAUGAGGGAGACAAGGCAAGUGAGGUUGCCAUUGAGGAGGAAAAAGAGGAGGAAGAGGAUGAAAAAAGUGAAGAACCAUCAGACCAUGACAGAAACAAAGAUAGUGAGUUUAGUGAUGAAGACGAAUUACUAAAUAACACAAAGUCUAAACUCCUGAAGUUGACAAGCAGUAGCAUAGACCCUGGUAUGAGUAUCAAGCAGUUGGGUGGUUUGUAUAUUAAUUUCAAUGCAGACAAACUACAGUCGAACAAGAGAACCCUAACACAGAUCAAAGAGAAAAAGAAAAAAGAGCUUUUGCAGAAAGCCGUCAUUACUCCUGAUUUUGAAAAAAACUACUGUGUCCCACCAUAUAGUGAAUCAAAGCAUCAACUUCAGAAAAAACGCAGAAAAGAACGACAGAAAACAGCAGGUGAUGGCUGGUUUGGUAUGAAAGCUCCAGAAUUGACAGAUGAACUAAAAAAUGAUCUCAGAGCACUGAAGAUGAGAGCUAGCAUGGACCCAAAAAGGUUUUACAAGAAAAAUGAUAGGGAUGGCUUCCCCAAGUACUUCCAGAUUGGAACCAUUGUUGACAAUCCAGCUGACUUCUACCAUUCACGAAUUCCCAAAAAACAAAGGAAGAGAACUAUUGUGGAAGAAUUGCUGGCUGAUUCUGAGUUCAGAAGAUAUAACCGAAGGAAGUACUCAGAGAUCAUGGCUGAAAAAGCAGCAAAUGCAGCAGGAAAGAAGUUUCGAAAGAAGAAGAAAUUUCGCAAUUAAGAUUCACCAAGCAAGCCAUAGUAUUUUAUAUCUCCCUUUAUUUACUCAAGAUGUUUUGAAAAUUAACAUCAUCAUACAAAUUAAUAUAGACUGGCCCUGUUUGAAAAAAGUUAACUUGAGGGCAAAUCAAUCAUAUACUCUUUGGGAUAAAAACAGGUGUGUCUACAAAAGAUCCACCCAUGCUUAGACGCUUUGAGGGAGAAAAAGGGAAACCUCAACCAUUUUAAGAUGAAUAACAUUUUUGUAAAGUUUUCAACACUUGGUUAUUUGAAGAAAAUUGAAUUAAAAACAUUUAGAAGGUAUAAAGUUUGUUAACAUAUACAGAAAACUUUAAAAUUACACGAACAAAGCUAAACAAUACAGUAGAGUAAGCACACGCGUGCGUGUGUGUGUGUGUGUGUAGGGGGAGAUGGUAUACCAGAAAUGCCAUGUGUGUUUGUGUGUAGAGGGGAUACGGUAUACCCGAAAUGCCCUUUUCUAAGUUCAGGUCCAGAAAAUUGGUAAAGCUGGGAUACAGAAAUCUGCUUGUUGUGAGCAUAAAAGUCACAGUUGAAACCAAAGUAUUCUUGGAGCAAAUGUAUGUUAGUAUAUGACAGAAGAACUAAAUGAAGCUAUAUAAAAAGGACUUAAAAAGGUAAUGAAGACUUCCUAGAAAGUUUGGGUUAAAGGUGGACGAAGCAAGAGAACUGUUUUCUUUAGGAAAUGAAACAGGAGGAAAGAUUAAUUUUAUCCAGAGUCAGUGUUGUGUUCCAGGUGAAUUAGGCUUAUUAAAUCAGUAUAAUUUUAACUUGGUCAGACAUAAUUUUAAAGUGGUUCAGUUUAUUUCAUCUCCAAUAGCAGUAUACAUCCUGACUAAUCUAUUUGUGGUACCUAAGGAGUGUUGGCCAUUUCUCGUAAUGCUUCUUAGUGGGUUCUUCCUUUAAUAUCAUUAUUUAUGGAACCUCUAUUUUCCCAGCAAACUGUUGGGAUUUCAGUAAAUAUAAAAUUUCGUAUUUUGUAUUUAUUGCUUGGGAUCAUAACCAACCUAGUAAUAGAACUGACAAUGAUAUUCAUAGGUGGAGUUAGGCAAGUAUCUUAUCUGUUCUCUUUUACAGAAAAACUUUUAUUCCAAGAAUAUUAAGUUUUGCCUUCCACUGGGUAAAAUAAGGACCCACUAUGAAAGAAUUAAAUACCAAAACAAGAAGAAGAAGUAAUAGUUAGUUUUACCCUUUGCAUAUUCUUCCAGAAGGAGUCGUUCUCAGAACAUUGCUUCAACUCAUGCUAUUCUGCCAUAAGAACACUCAAAAUUGUUAAUCAUUUGGUUUGAUGUCUCUGUGCACAGAAAGUUGAGGACUUACCCAGUUUUUCUCAGGGUCAAGGCGUGGAUCAGCUUCUUACCUACCAUAUGAUUUUUGGGAUGGUUUCUGACUCAUGAAUGCUACUAUAGGUUGAAUUAUUUGGUACUUGAAAACUGCAGCCAUGACAUAUUUGUGAUGUUACGGUUUGUAUUACAAGUAAAACAACAUUAGUGACCUCUAAUCUUUGCCACACAAAAAGCAGCAUUAGAGCUUUCUGGAUUAGAAGGCAGUGCUAAGGAAAGAGAACUGAGCCUAAGCUCUAAGUCUGGCUCUGUCCUUAAGCCACCUUAGAUGUAUGUGUUUUCAGUAUUUACUUUUAGUUACAUUUUAACAUGCUCUCUUUUGUUGUCUCCACAGAUUCAUUUUUAAUUUUAUUUCAUUAUAUACAUUUUUGUAAGCCACUUAGAACAAGAUAGAGUUUUUAACAAUUACAAAGUACUUAGUGAAAUAAACUGAAAUGAUUCAACUAAAAAUCAUUUAA